AGUUUAACCUGAUUAUUAAAUUUGAAUAACAAUACAUAAAUCCGUACUGAAGAAGCAUAAAUAGCCCUAACGACCUCGCGUUCUUCUGCUUCCGGUCCAGCCUGCACACCUCAAAACCAUCCCACCAACUCCUCCAAACAGCGACAUAACAAUAAAACCACCAUAGCUCUCUCUCUCCCUCUCUACACUACUUCUACAUCUAAACCAACAAGUACAAUAAUACUUCUGAGAGUAUCAGUUUCGCUUCCAUUUUUCUUUCUCUCACUAAUUUCUCUGGUCCACACAAUUUCAGUCCCCUGUUUCUCGCCUCUGUUAUAUCCACUGCUUUCUGCUUUCUUGAAUUCGAGACGACGUUGCCUUCUCUGUUCACACUUCUUUUUUCAACCCCUGCACUUUUAGCAUCUGAUUCUUCAAGAAAAGGAAAAAACAGACAAAAGGUUGGGAAAUCCAUUGUUAUGCGCUCACCAACAUGCCUGAUCACGUCAAUGGAUAUUCCCAGAGUGUGACCCCCAGGAAAAGUUCCAUGAGCAGCAGCGACCGCACGAGCACCAGCCGGCUGUCUUUCGAGCUUCCCACCAGCUCGCCGGAGCAGAACCCGCCGGCUCUGAAGCCCCUCUGCUCCUCCGCACUGAACGCCGGCGGCUUGACUGCAAAAGACUUCAGCUUGGUCCGCCAAAUUGGGUGUGGGGAUAUUGGCAGGGUGUACCUCUGCCGCCCCCGCGGUGGCGGCGAAGAGCAGGUUUACGCCAUGAAGGUGGUGGAUAGCCAGGUGCUGGCUUUGAAGAAGAAGAUUGAGAGGGCGGAGACAGAGAGGAAGAUUUUAAAGAUGUUGGACCACCCUUUCUUGCCCCAUCUCUACGCUGAAUUUCAGGCCUCGAAUUUCUCCUGCGUUGUCAUGGAAUACUGUUCCGGCGGCGAUUUGCACUCUCUCCGCCACAAACAGCCCCAUCACCGGUUCUCUCUCGCCUCUGCCAGGUUUUAUGCAGCUGAGGUCUUGGUCGCACUAGAAUAUCUUCACAUGUUGGGAAUCAUAUACAGAGACCUUAAGCCGGAGAAUGUUUUGGUCCGGUCAGAUGGCCACAUUAUGUUGACCGACUUUGACCUGUCUCUCUGCUCUGACACUGUGGCCGCCGUCGAAUCGCCGGAGUUUUCAGUUGCCUCUCCGGCUCCUCGUAUACCCUCCCCGUUUUCUUGCAUUUCCGGCAGGCUUUUCCGGUCGAAGAAGGUUCAGACGGUUUCCAACGGCCUGCUGUUCGUGGCUGAGCCGGUCGCCGCCCGGUCGUGCUCUUUCGUCGGGACCCACGAGUACGUGGCGCCUGAGGUGGCGUCCGGCGUGUCCCAUGGGAAUGCCGUUGACUGGUGGGCCCUGGGGAUAUUCAUCUACGAAAUGAUCUACGGACGGACUCCGUUUGCCGGCGCGUCGAACGAAAAUACGCUGCGGAGCAUCGUGAAAACACCCCUGGCUUUCCCCAGCGUGUCGCCGUCGAGCGUGAGUGAAGUGCACGCGCGGGAUUUGAUAUCGGCGUUGUUGAACAAGGAUCCGAAGAAGCGGCUUGGGUCGAAGCGCGGGGCGGCGGAGGUCAAGACCCACCCGUUUUUCAAAGGAUUGAAUUUUGCGCUUAUAAGAUCGGUGGCGCCGCCGUCUGGGCCGCGAUUCCGACGAAACAAAACGAUGUCGUCACUCCGGGGAAGCAGGCAACAACCGCCGCCGUUUGAUUUAUUCUGAACAACACGUGACGGACUUCCAAAGGCAUUGUAUAACAUUUUUAUUACGUUAUGUUUAGAAUCUUAGAUUAGUUUCAAAAAACAAAAAUUAUGUAAAUAUAUAAAGGAAAUGAGAUCGGUUUUAGACAAGGUUAUUUUAUAUAUGAGAGAUUUUCCAAAAUAGGAGUAAAAGAUGAAGUAAAUUCAAAAAUAGGACAUAUUGUUUAGAAUUCCCUAAAUAGGACUAAAUAAUUGUGUUUGGACAAAAAUAGCCUCCAAUGCUGAAAUGUCUUAACAUUGCGCGUUACUUGCGCAUCCCAGCCAUCCUCCGGGCUCCAGGUGUGUGCCGCAACUCAACCAUCCUCCGGUGUCGCAACAAUGUGUCCUUUAGCAAGUCUGAUGCCUCCGCCGCCUUAACUGAGUCCACUGCCACCAUCCUCAGAUGAAGCCGCCGCUCUUCGGCAAGUGCCUACAACCUCCAUCGAGAAUGCCACUUGAUAUGACACAAAAGUGACAUUUUUGUCAAACUGGCAAAAACAUGACAUUUUUGAGAUUGUCAUCUUCAAAAUAUAUUGACAUAAAAGUGACAUUUAUUUUAAAUAACCAAUAAUUAUGACAUUCUGUUAUUCAAAAGUGACAUUUUUGUCAAUCUGGCAAAAACAUGACAUUUUUGUAAUUUCAAAGCAAUACUGUCAUCUUUAUAGAUGUAAUGCAUUAAAAGUGACAUUUUUAUUAUUAAGUACUAGUAAUCAUGUCAUUCUCAGAUUCAUAAUUAAUCAAAAUUGAUAAAUAAAUAAAUAAAAUUGAAAUCCACAAUCGAUCAAGCGAUGGAACCUAAUUUUUCAUCUAAAUAUUAACAAAUCAAGAAUAGGUUUUUUUAUUCAAUCAAAAAAGUCAACAAGAAAUAAAAAGAAAUCACGACAAUCAAAGAAAAAACAACAGAUCACUAGGAAGAGGGUGUGAAGAUGAAGAAGAAGAAUGAAGAAGAGGAGGAGGAAGAAGAAGGAGGAAGAAGAGGAGAGGAGGAGGAUGAAGAAGGAAUUGGAGAAGAUUACCUGUCUCUGCCGGAGAAAUUGGUGUGGAUGGUUGGCAUCGGCUGGAUUGCGGCUGCAGUUGAUAGCGGAAGAGCGAUGUUGUAGCAGGGGUUAAGAGGAGUUCAAUCCGAGUUGGAGGCCUGAUAUUCAAUCGAUCGAAUGUAAUCCGGAAAAGAGUGAGCCGAGUAGGUUUAAUCGUACAAGGGCAAAAAUGUAAUCCAAAGUCUUAUUAAGGGAAUAAUAAACUUAUACUCCUAUUUUGGAGUUUUGCCAAUGUUUUAGUCUCAUUUUGGAUAAUUUCUUUAAAACAAACUUAAUCAAGAGGCCGAGGAAUAUAUAAAAAGAAAUUGACUUAAUUAGGACUAAAACAUAGUGAAUAUUCCAACUUAGGAUUUAAUGUUUUAAAUUCCCUAAAUGGGACUCCCUAUUACUAUUUUACCCCUGAUAUGUUAAAUCCCUAAAUGCAUCGGCAUCUCUCUUCCACAUCAAUGGCCCCAACUCUCUCGCAUAUCAAUCGGUCUCUGCUGAUCUCCUCUGCCUCCUUUUCUGGUCGACCGCCCAGACCUCUCCCAUGUCCGCCGGUUCCAAGCUCCACGACUCUGGUUGAAAUAUGUCCAGAGGAGGUAGCCCCAACAAGAAAGAUGUCGACACCUCCAGGGAAGAACUUAACAGUGACGGAUGACACCGUAACACUAUUCUCACCGGAGGGAGAGGAUAACACCGGCGGUCUUGUCGGUGGAAGCAGCAGCGACCUCGCCGGUAAGUGGCGGCGACGAUCUUGGUGGCGAUGAAUGGCGUAGAGGAGGGUAUUAUUGGUGGCGAUGACGGUCUGGAGAGGUCUUGCUGCAAAUAGUCGGUGGAGGUGCAGCGAUCAUGGCCCUAUUGAAUAUGUUUUUGUUUUUGUUUCAUUAAGGGUAAUUUUGUCCAUCGGUACAAUUUUGGUCCUAUUUUGAUCAAUAAAACAUGACUGUCUUAUUUGUGCAAUUUUACUCUAUUUUAGUCCCAUUUAGGAAAAUCUCUCAUACAAGGUUAUUCA